AUGAGAAUACGAAUACGAGGUCCCUCUGGGCAAUUUGCUAUUACCCUUGCUGAGGACGCAACAGUUGGAGACCUCCGAAACACGAUCAUUGAGAAGACAGGAUUGACUGCCUAUGACGCGAAGUACGGCUAUCCGCCGAAACCGAUAUCGUUGGAACAUGCAGAAACAGACCAGAAACUUGUCGAGCUUGGGAUUCAAUUAGACCGGGAGCAGCUCAUUAUCUCCGCCAAAGAUGGACCACCUGGACCAUCAGGAAAGAAGGAAGACACUUCCUCUUAUGCCGGGCAAUCAUCUCCGAAACUCUCUUUAUCACGCAAACAAAAUCCCGUUGCCGAGGAUACACCAAAAGUCCCCUCGCCGGAGCAUGGUGGUCUAUUCGUUCUACGUGUCAUGCCCGAUGACAACUCGUGUCUGUUUCGCGCAAUAAGCACUGCACUCCUGCCAGGCGAGGACACCAUGGUUGAACUUCGAUCGGCGGUGGCCGAAACGAUCCAGAACAACCCCGACGAGUACUCCUCCGCAGUUUUGGAGCAGCCACCGGAUGACUAUUGUCGUUGGAUCAAGAAUGAGACAUCGUGGGGUGGUGCAAUCGAAAUAAGCAUAUUGAGCAAACAUUUUGAUGUUGAGAUCUGCUCUAUUGAUCUUGGAAAUCUCCGUGUAGACCGUUUUAACGAGGGUCAGAGUAGACGAUGUUUCUUGGUCUAUUCUGGCAUUCAUUAUGACACCAUUACUUUGUCGCCUGGAGAGAAUGUCCCGCCGGAAUUUGACACUACCGUGUUCAAUGCAUCAGAUUCACUGGCGCUCGAGAAAGCGUUGGCCGUUUGCAAGCUUUUACAGGAGAGGAAUUAUUAUACUGAUGUGGCUGCAUUCCGCCUCCAUUGUAACGACUGUGGUGCUAUACUCGUCGGACAACAGGGUGCAAAGGGUCAUACUACGCAAACCGGGCAUAGAGAUUUCAGCCAGGUGAGCUAA